AUGGCCGCCGCCUUCAAGAGCGUUGUCAUUCCGCGCUUCUUGCUGCCGCUGCAGGGUCCUCUGUGGCGGGGUCUGCGCGUGCCGCCGCCCGGCGCCGCGCGGCAGCUUGUCCGCGUGCGAUACGCCUCCUCGUCACGCGCCGACGGCAAGCCCAUCGUUCUCGAGAAGCCCGCUCGGUUCAACCCGCCGUCGCACGGCUCCCGCCUGCGCAGCAAGGCGCUGCCCAAGCACUACAGCCCGCCGCUGAGCGAGGUCGAGGUGCAGGCGCGCAGUCAGCGCCACUACCCGGCCACCAUGGCGCCCGCGGGGUCGUGGCAGCACUGGUUCUGGCACAGCAAGCUGCUGCACACUUUCAUCACAAUGGGCACCCUCUUCGCCAUGGGCAUCUUCACCUUCUUCAUGAACUACGCCUACAACUCGCCCUACAAGGACCUUGUCCCGCCCACGUCCGCCCUGUUGUCCGACCCGGCCUACUUCUUUGCCGCCUGGAAGGAGGUCAUUCUCUCGCACGAAAAGGAUAAGGCGUUGAAGGCCGGCGAGCACCGUACCCGCCACCUCGACGACGUCGCCAAGCGCCGCUACUACAUGAAGGUGCAUGGCAUCGAGCCGAAGGAUCCCAUCAGCGUGGUCUUUGGCAAGGGCGAUCGACAGCUCUCCGAUGCGGAGAUUGAGGCAGCUGCUCUGGGCAAGGAGAUGCCGGAGAAGACGCCCGAGGAGGAGACCGCGGGGAAGCGCAAGAAGUGGUUUGGCAUCUUCUAA